AUGAGCCUCGACACUCAGAGGAACGACUGUUAUAGCAAUUUACAUGACAUUUUCAAAGGAAAUGACAAAAUAACUUCCAAAGAUUUGGCAGUAGGAAUAAUCUUCUCCUCACAGACUAUCAUUGGUGUCACAGCCAAUUUCUUCCUUCUUUGUCAUUAUUUUUUCAAUUUCCAGCAUGGAAGGAGGUUAAGAUCCACAGAUGUGAUUCUGAAGCACCUUUGUCUGGCCAACUCCUUAGUUCUUCUCUCUGGAGGAGUUCCUCAAAUAAUGGCAGCAUUUGGGUUGAAACAUAUAUUCAGUGAUAUUGUUUGUAAAUGUCUCUUGUAUAUUGAAAGAGUGGGCAGGGGUGUUUCAAUUGGUACUAUCUGCCUCUUGAGUGUCUUCCAAAACAUCAUCAUCAGCCCCAUGAAUUCUUGUUGGAAGGAUAUUAAACGUAAAACUCAAGAAUAUAUUGGCUUCUCCAUUCACCUUUGCUGGAUCUUAAAUGUGUUGGUCAGUUUAAUUAUUCCUAUGUAUGCAUGGUAUUCAUCUGUGAAAGGUUAUGACAGAAUCAUCAAAAAGAAAGUAAAUAUAGGAUACUGUUGUCUUGUUGAUUAUGGGGUAGUCAUUGGCUCAGUCUAUAUAGCAUUAGUAGUUGUACCUGAAGUUUGUUUUUCUCUGCUUAUAGUGUGGGCCAGUGGUUCUAUGAUUUCCAUCCUGUACAGACACAAGCAAAGGGUUCAACACAUUCAUAUCACUAAUGUUUCCUUAAGAUCCCCUGAAUCCAGAGCCACACAAAGCAUCCUUUUCCUGGUGAGCACCUUCAUAUCUUUUUACACUCUCUCCACCAUUAUUCGAAUUUCUAUUGCUUUAUCUUACAAUCCCAGUUCGGGGUUGGUGAGUGCUUCUGAUCUAAUUUCUUUGUGUUUUCCAACUAUCAGCCCCUUUCUGAGCAUAAGCCAAUGCUCCUCUAUGUUUAGGCACUGCUUCGCCUGCACAAAGAACACAAAACCUCUCCAACUCUUUCAGAAAUGUACGACUUGUAUAUUGUGGCAGUACUUUCUGUUGUUUACUCUUCACUUCUUUUUAUAA